AUGGGCUGGAGAGCUGAUGGUGGUCUAUGGCUUCUUGUUCGUGGUGGUGGACUUUAUCUCAGCAAAGGCACAGGGUUGAUUGCUGGUCCUGUUUGUUGCUUGGCUGCUGGUUGGUAUUCGCUGUUAUUAUGGCGCUGCCAGUUACAGAGAAGACAAACCUUGGUUGUGAUUUCUGACCACUGCUACCAAGUUCUUGUCGUUGAUAGCGAAGGACUUCUAUUUUCAAGGGUUGGAGUUCUGUUGGGUAGACCCCCGUUGUUGAUUCGGGUCAUAUUUCAUCAAUUUAAGUAUUUGGGUAGUCCAAGACCCAGGUUUACGUUUUUGGUUCAAACUUAUCUUCCCGUUCAGCUACCUUUCUGCCCUGUUCAGCUUUAUUUGGUCUGGUUCAGUUACAUUACUGUCCUGGUUCAACUUUAUUUGGCCCGGUUCAGUUACAUUUCUUCCCGGUUCAGUUUGGUUUGGCCCAGUUCAUCGUGGUAUGGUCCAGUUCAACUAUUAUUCUGCCCUGUUCAGCUUGGUUUAGUUCGGUUUAGCUACUUCUGCAAGGUUCAGGGUCAUUGGGUCAUGCUUCAGGUCUUUUUCUGCCCGGUUUAG